UUGGGAGAUGCAGAAGUAAGGAAGUUCAUCAACCUUGUCAUGCAGAUCUGAAGGCAAUUUUUUUUUUAGUCAAAAUAAUUAAUUAAAUUACCAAAACUAAUAUUUUUCCUCAUUUACAUCCCAUGCCUCAUUUCAUUUUGAUGCCCUUUUACAUACAAAUAUUGCAAAUUGAUUUUAUUUGGCUCCUUACUUCUCCAAUCUGCAGUGAAAGGUGAAAACAAAAGGUGGGGUGCAAAUAGAAAAGAAGUUACAAGGGUGGUGAGUGAACAUGGAAGAGCAUCCGGAGAGAGCCGAAUUGCGAAGAAUUCAAAGGGAACAAGAAAGGGAGAGAAGGAGGAUUCGUGAUAGACAAAGGAGACAAGCAAUGACACAAGAACAACGAGAAAGACACCUUGCGCGUCGUCGCAGGAACUAUCAACUUCGAAGACAAAGAGCCGCGAAUGCUAAUAAUGUUAAUGCUCCAUUCAUUCCUCUUCCUCUUAACCCUCUUGCUUUAGAAUCAAGUGCUGGUGAAGCUAGUACUAGUGAUGAAUUUCAAGGUGUUAAUUCUUUGACCUCACUAGACUAUAGAGUCCUUUCUCAUGGUAUUGGUUUUCCUCAUCAUGGCCUUAAUCAAGGUCAAGGAACAAUGAAUUUGGGAACUGAAGUUUCUCAUGAAGGGUCAUCAAUGAACAUGGAAACCCUAGAUUUGAAGCUCGAUAAUUCACCAAGGAUGCGUCUAAGUCGAAUUAAAAAUCUUGCAAGAAACAAUGUAGCUUCAGCUGAGUUGAAAACAAAGGAAGAUAGGGAAGUUGGUGAUUUUGGUAGCACGCCGAAAUCCUUGCGUUUGAAUUCUGUGAAGCGUAUUGCUCGAUCUCAAUCGAUGAACUCUGCUCCCAAAGAGACUGAUAUCCACCAGAAGGACGACGAUUUGCCUCCAGAAGAAGGGAUUCAGUUACUUGAUAAUCAAAGCUUUAUGGCUACUAGUUAAGGUGAAGUGAGAGGUUCACUUAAAGUUACCUUACAAAAUAGUUGCAUAAUUAAGGACUAAACUUAUACAUUACAUGGAGAAAUUAAAGACAUAUAUGUUUUGGGAAAAUGUUGUUUGUUACUAUGUUAUGUGUUUAAAUUACAAAACUUUCGCUUAUAAUUUGUUUUCUAUUUACAAAGUUUGUGACAACUUUACAAUUAAAAGUGAGAUGGAGAGUAAGUGAUGUAUGUACCAAUUCUUAGCAGAAGCAUGAUAGCUUAUUGAUUCUUAUGGAGU